GCCGGCUGUUCGGCUGCUUGUGAAACGUCACUUUGUUGUGUUUUCUCAUUCUAUGUCCUUUUUUUUCGAACAAUAUAUCGUUCUGUUGUUUAUGAUAAAUAAAUGACCAGCAAUUUUAAUUAUUUUCUCCACGUCUGUCAUAAUGCCGCACCAAAUUAUAUUUCGUGAACAUUAUGGUACACAGGGACAAGAGGUUGUUUACAUUAAACCUCCAGAUCAAAGAGUAAUUGUCCCACUCAACUCCAUAUAUUCUCAGAGUAUUGCGAGCUUGGUUCUUGGCAGUUUUAAAAAUAUAUUCCGCGUAGUAUUUCUGCCACAAGGAUAUCCUGAAAGUGUGAGCAAAGAUUACUUUUCGUACCAGCUUUGGGAUACUAUUCAGGCAUUAUGCAGUUCCUUGAACGGUACACUUACUACUCAGGCUAUUAUGAAAGGAGUUGGUGUUGGUGACCAGGCAGCAACACCACUCGCAGCUGCUGUCACAUGGAUUCUAAAGGAUGGGGCUGGAAAUGUUGGGAGGAUUGUGUUUGCAUGGUGGAAAGGCACAAGUUUAGAUGCAAACUGCAAGAAGUGGCGCUUAUGUGCUGACAUCUUAAAUGACUUUGCAAUGUUUUUAGAAUUGUUACUGCCCUAUUUCAUGGGCUACUCCACUGCUUUAUUGUGUGCGGCUACAAUCCUAAAGAGUAUUGUUGGAGUCGCAGGUGGAGCGACAAGAGCUGCUCUUACUCAACACCAGGCUAUUCGAGACAACAUGGCAGAUGUUUCUGCAAAGGAUGGAAGUCAGGAAACCUGUGUAAAUCUCUUGGCAUCUGUGGCUGGAAUAAUACUCUUGACCUGCAUGGGAGAGUUUCAGCACGUAUGGCUUAUGUUUGCCAUUUUCACAUCCAUGCAUAUAUAUGCAAAUUAUAGAGCUGUGAAAGCCUUGACAAUAUCAACCCUCAACACUGCCCGACUCAAUAUUGUGAUUCAUACCUACCUGGAGACGGGUGUAGUUCUAGAUCCAGAUACUGUAAAUCAGAAAGAAGCUGUCAUUCUUGGGAAAGGACUGUCUGCAAAGAGUAUCUGUGGUCAUGAUAUAGUAAUUGGAGAAUCUGUAGCAACAUUUAUUCGCUCUGCUGCUCUGACAGCUGAUCAACUGAAAGUUCUCCAUCACUUACACCAGGGAUGUGGUUACAUGUUAGUUCCUUCUAGAAGAGACAAAAAGAUUUACAUUCUACUUCAAGAAGGAAUUCAUGCUAAUUCUAGGGAAAUAGUGAAAUCAUAUUUUCACUCUGUAAUCCUAGGAAUUGCUACCUGUAUGACCAAAGAUGGAGCAAAAUUGGUAACCAAACCCUUGUCUCCCAAAGAGGGUCCUCUGCUCCAAAGACUAGAAGAAGCCUUGAAAUCUUCAUGUAGUUCUACUCCAUCUGAUUUCUUGCACAGCGAGUCGUCUGGACUUGAACAUUCUAUUCCACAAAUAUCAUUCAUCAAUGCUAUUAUGGCUUCUAUUCAAAUUGAUGCUACAGAAUCAGAACAGUUUCUAAAUUUACUUCAAGAAGCAGGAUGGGCAACAAGUGGGCAUCAUUUAGACUGCAAUGAAUGGCGAUUCAUUUGGCCCACUCCAGAGAAGAAAAUAGGCCUACAUGGAUCACAGCGACAGCCUACCUAAUGAUGAUGUUUGUAUAAUAAAUUGUGAGUGCCUCACUAACAGAGACUGCAAAGUCAAAGCCUCAGUUCUUCACACAAAAUUGUUAAACCAUCUUAAAGGAAAAAAAAAUGAUGUAGAAAAUUC